AUGAGUCGUUUUAUAACAAUUGAAAAUUUAUCAUUAUAUAUGUGUCAGUUAAAAUCUAUGAUUUCGUCUUUAUUAUGUGAUCAUACAAGUAUGAAAUGUGUUAAUUCUUCAUCAUCAUUUGAAUUAUUUUCAUGUCCAAUACGAUUAAUUGAAGAAAUUAAUAUUAUUCAUCCAUAUCAUUCUUUAGUUAUUGAAACAUUACAAACAUUUCAUAAUAAAUAUGAUGGAUGUUCAUCUAAGACAUUAUUAAUUUUUCUUAUCACAUUUUAUAAUCAUCUUCAAAUAUUAUUUGAUAAAAAUAAUCAAGUAUUUCAAAAGAAAAUUUUUAAUUAUUUAGAACAAUUUAUUGAUCAAUCAAUAUUAAUUGCUAAAAAAAAUUUUAUUGAAAAUUUAUAUUUAAAUUCAAAUAUAUUUCUUCGUAUAUGUCGUUUUCAAAAUAUCUAUUCUGAUAGUUUGUAUCAAGCUUAUUUAUAUUUUAUUUCAUCAUACCAACACCUAUCACAUGAAGAAUUACUAAGUCAAUUUGAUAAUCUUAAUCAUAUAAAACGUGUUAAAUAUUCAGAAGAAAAAUGUUUAUUUAUACCUGGUACAAUACUUCCAAUAAAUAAAUCAAUAAAAGGAUAUAAACGUACAUUAUUAAUUGAUGGACAUAUACUAGAAGAUUAUGUUCAUAUUGGUACAAUUGAUGAAAAAUUAAAAGAAUUAAAUCAUGAUAAAAGAAUUUUUAUUGAAAAUAUUUCAAUAAAAAUUUUUCGAUUAUUUGAACAAAAUCUUAUAGUUAAUUAUUUAACUGAUAUUAAUGAAGAAAAUAUUUUAUUAUUAAAUUAUACAGAAUAUCAUAAUGAUUCUUCAAUAAUAUUUAUUGAAAAAGGUUCAACAAUUAUUCAAUAUGUACCAUUUGAAAAUUUAAUCAAUAUUAAACAUGAACAAUUUGUUCAUUGUUUAUCAAGAUUUCGAUUAAUACUUAAAAAAAAUUUUUAUUUAAAAGGUUCAGGUGAAUUUGAAAAUAAUUUAUAUAAAUAUUGGUAUGAUAAAAAAGAAAAUUCAUCUAUUGAAUAUAAUAUUGCAUAUGAAUGUUUUCUUGAAUAUUUACAAUUAUUUAUUAAUGAAUUAUUAAAACAUAAAGAAUCUUUUGAAAAAAAUCUUAUAGAUGAUUUUGAUUCAAAAUUUGAUGCUUGGAAAACAAGUAUUGAAUUAUUAAAAAUAUUAAUGCAAAUUGAUAAUGUUGUACAAAUUAUUGAUAAUGAUUACUUAAGUGAUAUCUAUUUAUAG